AUAUCGCCUACCGAGAAGGAGCUGAAAUUUUUGGAAGCUCUCGAAGAAGUCUGUUCAGGGAUGUUGGAAUAUAAACUGCAUAAAGAAAAGACGGGAAUAUCACGAUUUGCUAAAGAAGAAAGUAGCACAAUGAAAGCUUUAAAUGAAUUACGGAACAAAGGCGUUAAGGUGGAACUGGGAAUGCCAUAUGAAAUGUGGGAUAAACCAUCGGUUGAAGUUACUACACUGAAACAGAACUGUGAAACGUUGGUUGAGCAAUAUGAGGACGACCUGGAACGUUGGUUCCAUUCCACUGAUAGGCUACCACUUCAGAAAUAUUUGUGCGAAAAACGAGUGCUGAAAACACAAGAACAGCGCACAUGCAUGGAUGGGACAGCUGAUCAUCUCGACUUAUGA